UGCCUCUGACAGCGCUUAUUAUCGCAUGCAAGAAGCCGGAGGUGGAGGUGGAGAAGAAGCCGAGGAAGAGGGCGGGGGAGACGCGUGUGCGGAGGACGGCAAACGGACAGAGCUAACGAGGACGAAAGACUGCCUCCAGAAGUUAGACGAAAAGCUGCUGGCCGAUCUGUUCAGCUCCGCGUCUCCAUCUUUCUCCUCCCGUCUCUCACCUCUCCACUCGCGGUCUCCCCUGGAUGAAACAACAGCCUGCCAGAGCACACUGUGCAGCCAAGGAGACGAAGAUGGCGCGGGAGAUGAAGAAGUCCACGAGGGUGGGAAGGAGAAACACCGCGAGGCAGAAGAAGAGAGCGGGCGGGGCUCGGCCGAGCCAGACGACGAGAGAAACAAACGCGAGAAACAGGACAGAGAGCCAGGACACAAGCCGGGAGGACGACAUGGAAAACAAGCGGGAGAACGCGGAGCAGAAUCGUCAGAAGAGACAAGACAACAGCAAAGGCACCGUGCCCCGCUGUGUGGAUUCUGGAUGCACUCCGAGGUGUGGGCCUUCCUUCAAGCCAUUCAUCUUGCUCGCCACUUCAAGCGUCCUCCCUCGGACGCGUUUCCCCACCCCGCCGUGGACGACCACACACAGCGAAGACUGAAAUGCGAAGGCCUCGUCUCUCCGUCCUUCUUCCCCGCUUGUUCGUCUCCGGGCUCUUGGUCCUUUUCAACCCCUGUGACGGGGUGUGCUCGCUGCUCUUCUGGUGAGCGAAGGGUCUACAUCUUCGUCUGCAGCGGAUCGCCCUAUAUUCGGGCUCUCCAGGAAGCCUUCACGGUGGCUGGGUUCGCGGACACCGGGCGCAUUGUCGCGGUCCAUCAGAACCCAGACUCCGGAGUGAUGAGCGUGGAAUGCUUGAGAGCGAAGAUGAGAGACGUGCAAGAGAGCGAGAGAGAAGUGCGCGAAGCACGAGAUAAGGAAAACGCAGCAACGAGAGAGACAGAGAGAGAGGAAGGGCAGGAGAGAAAGGCAGCCGACAAGGGUACGCACGAAGAGAGAGGUGACGAAGAGGGAAAACGGAGAUAUUCGUUCGUCAUUGUUGCCUCGGCGGGCCGAAGCGGAACUCUAGGUGGAUUUGAUGAUUUCCUUGCUCUUCGCCAGCUUGCGCAUGAAACGGGAUCGUGGCUGCACGUCGAUGGCCUCGUCGGUGGCUCGUUCAUCUUCCCUAGAGAGAAGCCGUUUCAGGUCCUGUGCGCCGGAAUGGGCCUGGCGGACUCGCUGACGUGGAGCGCGUGUGCGUUUCUCACAGGGUUGGGCGACCCGGCGUCUCCCGUUGCAUUUUUUUGCCGACAAGACGCCGUCCCACUUCUUCUUUCGCUGGGGCACUUACCGCCGACACCGACCUUUGCUGUUGCCUCUUCAUCGCCGUCGAUGCCUUCCGUGGUGGAAGAGCCCUUCGUAUUGCGGCCGUCGCAAGGCGAGGAGAUCGGGUGCGGGUUUCCGUUGUGGUGUUUCUGGAAGAAGUUGGGAGACACUGGCGUGGCCAACCGAGUGCGCCAGGUGUACCUACGGUGCAGACAGUUGUCGCUUCUUCUCUUGCAUUUUCCCAAACGCGUGAAGCCGCCCGCUUUCCCCGAAACGCCAAACUCCAGAGUCGCGACGGAAGAGCGUGCCUACGGGGGCAUGCGUACGUCGGCUUUCGGAGGGAAGCAGGCGGGGGAGAGAAAGGCGAGGAGGCAGAGAGACGAGACAGAAAGCGAGCAGACACAUCGUGGAGAAAACUUCAGGGUGGAGGAAGAUGGUGGAGAGAAAGGGAGAGGCGGGGCAGAGGAGAGAGACGAGAGAAGAAGACUAGCGAGAGCGAGUGCGAAUAGAACGAGCGCAGGAAGAGAACCCAGGGAGAACCUGACGAACGCACAGCAAACCAGAGAAGACAGAGAAGAGUACGGUGAAGCAGAUCCGGAGGAAGACGAAGUAGCCUUUUGGGAUGAUAAGCCGGGGAACUACGACUUGGCUCAUAAACUCGAAGACGACACGAACUUUCUGCGAGAGCACGAAGACGCAGUGGACCAUCUUGUAGACGCAGCACGAGGAAUUCUGUCGAGGGACCCAGAAGCGUUCCGUCGCCCCGUGGCCGCUGAGAAGAGCUCCGGAGGUAGGGGUGUGCCGACACCUCGAAUGCAGGCUUUGGGACGCCUCGAAGGCGGUCUCACGGAUUCGAAGCGCGGAAGAUUCGCCGGCGUGUCAAAACCACUUCAGCGGGAUCUGGAAGCAGGCAGAAAAGCAGGGACAGAGACCCGUGAUUCUUUUUACACUGGAGCUGGCGCUUCUUGGAAUGCCGAGCAGUGUCGAAUGUGUGACUCUUCUGGUGCCUCACAGCUUCGCUGCAACGCCACCAGGUGUAUGUACACUCCGGGUGCGUUCCAUGUGAAGCAGAUGGGGCGCGCACCGAGUUUCUCUGUCUCAUUUUGGUGGAUUCCGCCCUGUCUGCGGGGAGAAGUGUUGUCGAGGGCCACGUUUUCCGCAGCAGCAUGUCAAGAAAUUCGAUUUUUUGUGACUCUGAUUUCCCGUCUCCUCUCUCUUCUUCUUGAGCGUGAGCGCGCGGGUCACAGAAGUGAAGAUCACGACAACGCCGUCAUCAAGGCGCCCAAAGGAAGUUUGGAGGCUGUGAAGGAUUCAAAGGGGUCGCACGACGGAGAAUUCCGUCUUUCCUCCGAUGCGCUGUCCAUUCAGCUCGUGGACGAUGACGGAGCGAGCAACUCAGCCAUUCCAGACGAGAGAGAAGAACAGGAGUGGAAGGGUUGUCCGCGUCGUCCUCCUUUGCUUUCCGUGUGCAUCCUAGACCCGUGUGUUGGCGAAGGAGACCUCGCUGCUCUUCUCUGUCUUAUCAAUCGGCUCGGCAUGCUCCUGAUCGAGACAGGAAAAGCGAAUGCAAGUGAAAGGACAUCCCGUCUUCUCUAGUCGGUUGCUGUAUGCGAAAUGAGGAUUUUCCAGUGUAAGCAUCUCUAUGCGUAUCUGUGCGUCUGCAGAUAUGUCUGGACUCACACACGUAUGCAUAUAUAUAUAUAUAUAUGUAUAUUCAUAUGUGCGAAUUGUCUGAAGAGCGUUGCAGUGCAUGUUGAUACACACAUGCAUAUACGUGCAUAUACGCAUAUGUAUUGAUACCUACCUGCGCCUCGAUUGGUUUGAUGUACAUCCACAAACGUUCUGUCAUGUAGAUAAAAUGUGUGUUUACGACCCUCGUAGAGCUGAGAGGGCAUAUUCAUACCAGGUGAUAAAGUCGUUAUAAGCCAAGGUUGUUUCUGCCCUCAAAAGAGUCCUGUUUCGUCUGAGUGUAGAUCUGUGUAAAUGCAGCUCGUCAAGCGGGCGGGAGGUGUCUCGGCUGCCAGUCGCCUGAGGCUGCAGUGGUGCGGGGACGGCGGGAUUUUACCUGUUGCUUCACAUCCCUACGAGUUGACCGAUAUUCUGUGCGAAAAAGCGAGGAGAGCGGUGCCAGGGAUCAUGAAAUCAGUCUUCAAUCAUGCAGCGUCGAGGACUCCUCUCGUGUUUGCUGUAAGGAUCUGUGCGCCUAGUUUUUCUGCGAAAGAUCCCAUAAAGACAUUUGCACCAAGGAAGUUGACGGAACUAAGGUCUAUGUGGGUCUGAUAGUUCCUUCAAAAACGGUGCAGCCGCGUGUAAGGAAACUGAUCAAGCAAACGAACAUUUUUAUUCCUCUCGGGGCUGAGUAGGGAUCUUCGCUACCUGCGCUUCAACUCCGGUUCUGAGUGUCGCAUAUCCUCGACGUAUGGUUUACCGUCGGGAUGCAACAUCUAAACUCUGAAUAACACGCACCACCGUUCCCGUGUCAGUGCUGGGACGGCGUAUCAUGAACGCACGGUAGGACUAUCAGGCCUCUUAUUCCAAAAU